AUGGUGUUCAGACUAUUCAUUUGUUUAUAUGUGAUUGUUUUAUACAUUAUACUACAGAUGAUUAUUGUUGAAUCCAAUGUCAAUGUCAAUUUAGCAGACAAUGUCGAUGAAAAUAGUUUAAAAGAACCAACAUUUUGGUUAUUACAAGAAGCUGAAAACUAUUUCUAUUUUGAAUGGACUCCAUUUUUUGAAUUAAAAAGUGGUGCAUUAAAACUGAAUUCAAAAAAAUAUGAUAUAACAAGACAAUUAAAAAUGGAUGAAACUGCAUCAAAAUUACAAACUAUUGGUACAGCAUGUAUAAAUGAAGAGUAUACUAUUACAGAUCAUCAUUUACACAUUUAUUUGAUUGAUAGUGUCAAUUCAAAAAGGAAAUUAAAUUAUAAACGUAUUUUUAGAGUGCGAAGUACAACGAUCGGGAUGACAAAUAAAAAGCCCGCAUAUAUAACAUGGAAAAUAAACGAAAAAAUUUGCAAUCCACACGAUGCAAUAGUGAUUUUUAAAAAAGAUUCAACAGGAUUUCAUCGAAUGCAUAUUGUCUCUGUUGAAGAAACAGCAUUUUAUUUUGAUGAAACAUUACAAGACCAAGAAGAGAUUAUUAUUACAAGUUAUCAUGAGAAUAUGUUUGGUUUAUCUGAAUUAGAUGACAGUGAAUUAUCGAUCGGACCAAGGACGCGUAAAACACGUGCGAGCAGCCUAGAGUCCUGACUAGUCCUGUUUCCCGCCCAACCCAGCCAGUUAAGUCCAGAACACCAGUCUCAGCCUCUGCAAUAUGAAUCAUUAUAUUUCAAAUAUACUGAGUUAUAUCCCAACUAAACAGAUCACAACGUACCAAUAAAAUAUGAAGCAACAUUUGUACAAGAAUUAGCCAGAUGUGGCUGUGAAUGAGGGAGGUAGUAAUUAAUAUACUGAGCCAAAAUAAAGCUUAUAAUAGGAAGAAUAUGAAUAUGAACAGUUUACUUAAUUAACCGUUAUACGAUAAAAAU